AUGAUUAUUCCCAAAGAAGAUCGUCGUACAAUCUACGAAAACCUCUUCAAGGAUGGUGUGAUGGUCGCCAAGAAGGACUACGAUGCUCCUACACACGUCGAAUUGGAUGUCAAGAACUUGUACGUGAUCAAGGCGUGCCAAUCCUUGAACUCUCGGGGAUUCAUCAAGACUCAGUUCUCGUGGAAGUUUUACUACUACACCUUGACUGACGAAGGCAUUGAAUACCUUCGGGAAUGGCUGAACCUCCCCUCGGAGAUCGUCCCGGCGACCUUCAAGAAAGUCCAACGAGCCACCCCGGCUGGACGUCCCCAACAAUCUAGCGGAGCCUACCGUCCCCCUCGUGGCGACGGAGGUGCCGAUCGGGAAGGAUACCGCAAGAAGGAAUCCGGCGCCGACGGCGGUUUCCGUCCCCGAUUCGCCGGAAUCGGACGGGGUGCUCCCGCCGGUGACGCCCCUGCUGCCGGUGGUUGGUGA